GUCAAGCCGAGCCGAUCCGUCAUCGUAUUUGUACGACGAGCCGCGUGUUGCGGUGUCUGUUUUUAUUUGCGUCGUGUAAAUUGCCAACUUCUCGUUGCGGUUUUUUCGGCACCGUAGUGGUUUUCCCUCUCCUCAGUUUUUCACACCGCCCCGAAAAACUGUGAGCCAACAUGCCGAAAGUGAGCUCCCGGCCGGGGCCGCCCCGGAAGAUGUCGAUGAACAAGUCGACCCACUCGAUGAACCCGGACCGGUCCACCGAGGGCCUGAAGGGGGUGGCCAAGCCGCGUACGAAGGCCACCAUCAAGCGGCUGCAGAUGUACCGGAACUUUAAGGCGAAGCGGGACCGCCGGGGUAAGAUCGUGACGCCCGCCCCGUUCCAGGGGUGGGUCAGCAGCGGUACGGUGGCGCGCGUCGAACCGUCCCCCAAGUGGUUCGCCAACUCGCGCGUCAUCUCGCAAAAGUCGCUGCAGAAGUUCCAGGAAGAGAUGGGCAAGGCGGUGAAGGACCCGUACAAGGUGAUCAUGAAGCCGACCAACCUGCCGAUCACGCUGCUGAACGAGUCGGCCCGCUACCAGCGGGUGCAUCUGCUCGACACGGAAAGCUACGACACGACGUUCGGCAAGAAGAAGCUGCGCAAGCGGCCGACGCUGAAGGUGCGCGAUCUGGAGGACCUGACGCGCACGGCGGAAGAGUCGGCGGAGCAGUACGACGAGUCGAAGGAUCACGACAUCGAGCGGGACGACGGCGGGGUGAAGGAUGCGGUGCGGGAGUACAUUUUCGCCGCCGGCGGCAGCAAGCGCAUCUGGAACGAGCUGCACAAGGUGGUGGACUCGGCGGACGUGCUGCUGCAGGUGCUGGAUGCGCGCGACCCGAUGGGCACGCGCUCGAAGUACAUCGAGACGUUCCUGCGCAAGGAGAAACCGCACAAGCAUCUGUUCUUCGUGCUGAACAAGGUCGACCUGGUGCCGAUCUGGGUGACGCAGCGCUGGGUCGCGAUACUGAGCAAGGAGUACCCGACGAUCGCGUUCCACGCCUCGCUCACGCACCCGUUCGGCAAGGGUGCGCUGAUCAAUCUGCUGCGCCAGAUCGGCAAGCUGCACGUGGACAAGAAGCAGAUCAGCGUCGGCUUCAUCGGCUACCCGAACGUGGGCAAGUCGUCCGUCAUCAACGCGCUGCGCAGCAAGAAGGUGUGCAAGGUGGCACCGAUCGCGGGCGAAACGAAGGUGUGGCAGUACAUCACGCUGAUGAAGCGCAUCUUCCUGAUCGACUGCCCGGGCGUCGUCUACCCGACCGCGGAAACCGACACGGAGAAGGUGCUGAAGGCGGUGGUGCGGGUCGAGCUGGUCAACAACCCGGAGGACUACAUCGAGGAGGUGCUGAAGCGCAUCCGCAAGGAGUACGUGGUGAAGACGUACGGCGUGACCGAGUGGACGGACCAUAUCGAUUUCCUCGAGCAGAUUGCGCGCAAGACGGGCAAACUGCUGAAGAAGGGCGAGCCGGACGUGCAGACGGUGGCGAAGAUGAUACUGAACGAUUGGCAGCGCGGCCGGCUCCCGUUCUACGUGGCACCGGAAGGGUUCGAGGUGCCGAAAUCGUUCCACGAGCAGCAGCAGCAGCAGGAAGCCGUUGUCGACGAGGAGGCGGACGCGCUGAACCGAACACUUCAGCCGGACGAGGACCAGAAGAGCACGUACUCGGGCGUGACGGCAACGCCGACCAUCCCGGACACGGUCAAGAAGGGCCGCGAGCUGUUCCAGAUACAGGACUUCCGCAAGAUCAAGGUCAACCUGGAGUUUGAAAGCGAGGACGUGCGCGAAAUCGACAAGAUCGAUCUGGAGCUGCUGGAGAAGCUGAAGGAGGAGAAGAAGGCGGAGGCGAAGGCGAAGCGAGCGAACCGGAAGAAGGCGGCGAAGGAGGCCGGCGAGGAGGAUGAAGAUUCGUCCGGCAUUAGCGAUUUCUACUCGGAGGAUGAGUACGACGAGCAGCAGGGCAGGGUGGUGCAUCGCAGCGCCAAGGAGAAGGGCGAGCUUACGAAGAAGAAACAGAAACCGGCGGAAGAUGUCGCGCCAGCCAAGCAGCAGACUGAGGAGCAGCCGGAAACGAGCGGCAAGAAGGCGGCCAAGCUUACCUCCAAGCAGAAGCGGGCGAUCGAGCGUGCCGGCAAGCGGAAAAAGAUUGGCAGCAACUUCUACGAAACACACAACGUCAAGAACCGCAACCGGAACAAGAAGGCAAAGAUGGACGAUUGAGGUGGUUCUUACUGUUAAUGUUCUUCCCAAACUCAACCCGCGCGAUUGAUAAUAAAAGUUUAGUUUAAAGUGAA